AUGGAGGAAAAGCCUCCUGAAUGCCACUAUGAGGAGCAAAUUGUGAAUUCAAGUUCUGAGCUCAUGCCCAAAGCGCUCUCCACCAGGAUAGUGGGAGGCAUUUGGUGGUUUUUCACACUUAUCAUCAUUUCUUCGUACACUGCUAACUUAGCCGCCUUUCUGACAGUGGAGCGCAUGGAAUCCCCUAUUGACUCUGCUGAUGAUUUAGCUAAACAAACCAAGAUAGAGUAUGGUGCGGUGGAGGAUGGUGCAACCAUGACUUUUUUCAAGAAAUCAAAAAUAUCUACAUAUGACAAAAUGUGGGCCUUUAUGAGUAGCAGGAGGCAGUCAGUACUCGUCAAAAGUAAUGAAGAAGGAAUCCAGAGAGUCCUCACCUCUGAUUAUGCUUUCCUAAUGGAGUCAACGACCAUUGAGUUUGUUACCCAGCGGAAUUGUAACCUGACACAGAUUGGCGGCCUUAUAGACUCCAAAGGUUAUGGCGUUGGCACCCCCAUGGGUUCUCCAUACAGAGACAAAAUCACCAUAGCAAUUCUUCAGCUGCAAGAGGAAGGCAAGCUGCACAUGAUGAAGGAAAAGUGGUGGAGGGGCAAUGGUUGUCCAGAGGAAGAGAGCAAAGAGGCCAGUGCCCUGGGGGUUCAAAAUAUUGGUGGCAUCUUCAUUGUUCUGGCAGCCGGCCUGGUGCUCUCCGUUUUUGUGGCAGUGGGAGAGUUUUUAUACAAGUCCAAAAAAAACGCUCAAUUGGAAAAGAGAGCCAAGACUAAGUUACCUCAAGACUAUGUAUUCUUCCCCCUUUUGGAGUCAGAUUUUUCCAUUUCUACAGUGUUGUCAUCAUCACCAUCUUCAUCAUCAUUAUCAUCAUGUUCUUAAUAAGUACAUCUAAUAAGGUCCUUCUGUAGCGCUAUGGUGGAAGAACUGAGGAUGUCCCUGAAGUGCCAGCGACGGUUAAAACACAAGCCACAGGCCCCAGUUAUUGUGAAAACAGAAGAAGUUAUCAACAUGCACACAUUUAACGACAGAAGGUUGCCAGGUAAAGAAACCAUGGCAUAAAGCUGGGAGGCCAAACACCCAAGCACAAACUGUCGUCUUUUUUUCCAAACAAUUUAGCGAGAAUGUUUCCUGUGGAAAUAUGCAACCUGUGCAAAAUAAAAUGAGUUACCUCAUGCCGCUGUGUCUAUGAACUAGAGACUCUGUGAUCUAAGCAGUUGCAAUGAUCAGACUUGAUUUGCAAGCAUCACGGAUCAACCAAGUUACACUGGGUUACACUGUUUAUCAUGGGUUCCUCCCUUCUUCUGAGUGAAUGUGACAUGCGCAUUUUGUGGCUGGUUUCAAAUGCAGUCCAGUAGGAAAUUACAGGUUCCUUUUGAAGUCCAACUGUUGCCAGGAGGUGGAAAAUCGAUGCCCCAAGGGUAACCAGUAAAAAAAAAAAAAAAUCAUUAAAGAAUAAAAAUACUUGGAAUCAGCAAAAACUGUAGUGAUACAAGAAACAGUACAGUCUUCUGACACCCAGGUAAUAGAGGUGAUGAUGUUACUAGCCCCCAGCUACUCAGUAUAAUAUCAUCUGAAUAGACAAUAUGUGUUUAUAGGAUGUGAAAAAAAAUGUAAUGCAAAACAAAUCUGAAUUUCAUGGCAAGUGGAAUAUAAAGCAGAUAUUCAUCAGUGUUUUUCUUUCUUUCUUUCUUUCUUUCUUUUGACAGUCUGUGUCACUGAUUGAGAUAGAAAUGUCAAUUACCAAGGCAAUAAUGUUUUUCUUAAAUUUACUAAAGCAGGAGAUUUAGCAUACAACUCUACCAGAUCCUUACCCUACCCCCUUAUACCCUUUCCCCAAUCCCAUCCCCCGAAUAAAAGGGCAACAGUUGGUUCAGAGAUUCUGAAUGAAAAAGGAUGAUGUUCUGCAAUCUUUGUCUUAAGUCGUAAAAGAGGGCUGAGUAUUGAUGGUUAUGUGGAAGACUGAAGCUUUCAUUCUAACAUUCAGAUAUGUUCAUCUAAACCCUCGUUCCCGCUCUAAAUGAACUUGAUGGAGCCUGGGCAGAUCUCAGUGAAAGGAGAAAGGGGACUGUUCAUCUAUAGAAAAGUAUGUGUGGAGAACUUCGAAGCGGACUGCAUUUAUCAAUACAGUCACAAUGUUAAAUGAACAAAAUUCUUGAGCAGUUUUUUUCAAAAAAAUGUUCAGGUUUAUUUGUGGAAAUGCAAGAUUUCUAUGAAAAUAGUUUUUGUAUGGAAAUUUUUGUAAUACUUUUUAUCAACAAAAUAAGAACAUGUGUUCCUGUCAGGGGUGUGAUGCCAAGCAUGAAUGGUAGUGCGUGUGCACCACCAACGUUUGGUGAAAACUAUUUUUAUCAAGAAAAAAAGGAAUCAUAGAAGAGAAAUAUUUUCAAGUUAGAUAAUAUAAAAGCUAGGUGCACUACCACCACUGCUUACCAUGCCACACCCCUGGUUUCCACGAGGCUGAUAACAUACUGUAAUGAACAAUUGUGUGUAAAAUGGUAAAAGACACAGACCUCUUGACAACAUUGUGAUAACAGUUGAGUGCACACAGUUUGCUGUUUGAAUCCAAUGCACAAAAUUAAAAAAAAAAACAUUAAAAUUAUGUCCAUUU